GAAAAUAAGAAGAAGAAGAAGAAGAAGAAGCAGAAGCAAAAAAGAGUAGAUAACAUAAGACUAUUAUUAAGGGGAAGAGGGAAGGCAUGUUAUAAAUUAUAAAUUACAAAGAGUGAUUGAUUGAAUUUGCGGUGGUGAAUAUUGAGAGAGAUUAUGGCGAUGCGAGAGGUGGUAACGGGAGGGGCUGCUUGUGCGGUUCCAGGCUCAUCUUCUUCAUCGAAUCCUCUGGGCGCUCUCGCCAACGCUCUUCUCGGCUCUUCUUCCAAGACUAAGGAGAGGCUAGAGGAGAUUCCCACCUCGGCGGCGGCGGCGGCGGCGGCGUCAUCGGAAAGAGAUGCGCAGUUGUUGGAUCAACCUCUUAUUAAUCAGCUCCCUGGUUCCGAGUUCGACCGUCCUUUGUUGCCUCCUUCCUCCCAGGGAUCGGAUUUCAUCGGCGCCUUCCGCUCUGCCGAUUAUUCCUCGCUUUCGGAUGCGUGGGAUGAGACACAACAGGCCUCUUCCCAAUCUCAUCUUCCUUCUCACCUUCAACUUCAACCCACUUUGGAUGGGCCGCCUCAAAGAGUGCUGUCCAACUUUCUGCACUCGUUUGUUGAGAGCAGCCGUGGCGGAAUUCCUUUUCGUCCUGCUCCUCUUCCCCUCUUAGGAUUGUCUCAAGGUGACAAACAAUGCAUACGCGACCGCACCAGCAUAAUGGCCAGACACAUCUUCGCCGAUAAAGGCGAAGAGUUUAUUAACGCGCAGGUGAAUGCCCUUUUGUGUUCUUUGGAUAUCGACAACAAUGGCCAGGUUAAGGGACCUCUACAUGCUAGAUUACGGGAACUGGACGACUACUGGAAUGAAUCCCAAGGCAUCAUAAAGCCUCUGCAUCCUACAGAUGGAUGGGUUGCUGAAUUCGGGCAGCAUCGAAUAGAACACGGUGAUCCUGAUGCUUGGGCCCACUCAUUUGAACAACAACAUGGUGCUAAUGGUUGGGCCUCAGAAUUUCAGCAGGAGCAGUCUCAGUUGGCAUCCAUGGAUCACAUGGGAAGUGCAAAUCUUGCAAAUUUAGCUGCAAUGGAGCAGAGUCGUAUGCUUGCCAACACAUUAGCUCAAAACCAUGACCCUAAAUUUCAGAAUUCAAAGUUUCUUCAGUUUGUAUCAAAGAUGAGUCGUGGCGAACUUACUAUGGAUGAUAAUCAAGUGAGGCAGACUGCUACAUCAUCUGGGGACUGGGCAACAGAGUAUCAACAGCAGUACAAUGCGGGUCCCUCUUGGGCUGAUGAAUUUACUUCUCGUGGAACUGAUCGCUGGGUGAAUGAGUUUACUUCUGGUGAAGAAAAGCGUGGAUCAGUCGAUGACCAGUGGGUCAAUGAGUUUUCUAAUUUGCACCUAGAUGAAGAAUGGGCAGAUGAAUUUGGGAGGCAAGUUGGUGAAGGAGCUGCCGAUAGUUGGGCUAAUGCUUAUGAUGAGUACCUGAAUGAGCAAGUAGCUGCCAAGCAGCGAUCGGAUGCUUCUAGGGGGGUCUAUGUGUUCUCUGACAUGAAUCCUUAUGUUGGUCACCCCAAUCCCUUAAAAGAAGGCCAAGAAAUGUUCCGUAAAGGCCUUUUGAGUGAAGCAGUGCUUGCUUUAGAGGCUGAGGUCCUGAAAAACCCGGAGAAUGCUGAAGGUUGGAGACUCCUUGGAAUAGCACACGCUGAGAAUGAUGAUGAUCAACAGGCUAUUGCAGCUAUGAUGCGUGCACAGGACGCCAAUCCGACAAAUCUGGAAGUGCUUCUCGCUCUUGGUGUGAGUCACACGAAUGAGUUGGAGCAGGCAGCUGCACUAAAAUAUUUAUAUGGUUGGUUGCGCCAUCAUCCAAAAUACGGGUCGCUUGCCCCUCCUGAGUUGGCUGAUUCUUUGUACUAUGCUGAUGUAGCUAGAAUAUUCAAUGAAGCUGCUCAAAUGUCGCCCGAGGAUGCCGAUGUACACAUAGUGUUGGGUGUUCUUUACAACUUAUCUAGAGAGUUUGACAAAGCGAUCGAUGCCUUCCAGACUGCUUUGAAACUCAAGCCGCAUGACUAUUCUCUUUGGAACAAGCUUGGCGCAACACAAGCAAAUAGCAUUCAGAGCGCUGACGCAAUAUUGGCUUAUCAACAGGCACUAGAUUUGAAGCCCAAUUAUGUUCGUGCUUGGGCGAACAUGGGUAUCAGUUACGCUAACCAGGGUAUGCACGAGGAUUCAAUUCGUUAUUAUGUUCGUGCGCUCACUAUGAAUCCAAAGGCAGAUAAUGCAUGGCAGUACUUAAGAAUUUCUUUAAGCUGUGCUGAUAGGAGUGACAUGUUGGAAGCUUGUGAUUCUCGGAAUCUUGAUAUUCUACAAAAAGAGUUUCCGCUAUAAAAAUAAUAAAACUAAUAAUAAUAGUAUGCAGAUUUUAUUGGAGAAGCAAUGGUAGCUAGCUAGGGUUCCAAUGACAUGAUAAGGAUUGAGAUACCGGUUAGGGUUCCGUCGCCGUCGUUUUGCUGCAUUUGGAUGUCGGAGCAGAUGGUCCCUUGUGUUUGGAAGGAUGACUUUUUGAGGAAGAAAGAAAGAAAGAAAGGCAAAUUUGUGGUUGUUGUUUGGAACUAACUGGCUAGUUGGAGAGUUUGAAUCAAAUAAAAUACAAAAUAACACCACCCGUUCCCAUUGGGUCAGUUUGAGUUGUAGCAAAAACAAGCAUUCACAUGUUUGUCCUCUCCUAGUGGGCUCGGACCAGAAAGGUCAAUAAUAAUAAGUAUGUGUAUGCGUAUGUGGUUCAUCAUCAUCAUCACAUUAUCCAUACAUACAUGCAUACAUACAUACAUACAUAGCUUUAACUUUGUUUUAGUUGGACAGAAGAAUGUUUUCAUCUGAAAGUGAUGAUAAAAAGGCGUUGCUCCGUUUUAAGGAUGUCGGUCAUUUACUAAUUGGGUAAUUGUGUAAUUACGUUGUAUGAUUAUUACCUUUUUUUUAAGCUCUACUCUAACGCAAUAUACUUUAUGGAAUUGUGAUUCUAUACGUAUAAUGACAAUGCUCAUGUAUUGUUGCCGACAAAAUAUUAAA